AUGCGUGAUUGGGGUUAUAAGACAGCGGCAGAGUGCAGUGAGAUCUUGACGGAUGGGAAAUUGUCCAUCUAUGAACAGUGGGCGUUCUGGGCCGAACACAUCGAAAAGGUCAACAGUUGGCCGAUCGAUGAAGACACCUUGGAGACAUUGGGAGCAAUCAUUGGAGAGAAGGAUUACUUUGUGUACUCUAGCAGCGCAGACUCAUUCUUUGAGCGAGCUGGCUUUGAUAGCCGUCGUGUGUAUACCGCCGCUGGAAGUUGGGAGUACUACCAGUGUGCCAAAGCUUGCUCCAGCAGCGCUGUCUUUCCGGCAGUUCGAGCCAUUCAACAUAUUCUCUCCAAUUUGAGGGACUAUGGUGUCGUCACCGGGGAUUGUCUGCCCAAAUGUUCCCACUGCGGUGGCGAUUGCAUGCCAAAUGUGCGGCUCAGUGAUAAUUUUUGUCACGAAAGAUAUGAACAAAGACUAGGGAGUUUGAUCUCCUGGUUGGAAGGGGUCGCCGCCUCAAAGUCCAGGUUGGUGAUCCUUGAGCUUGACACGUCCUUUAAGACGAAUCGAUUGGCGACUUUUCCCAUGGAGUCCAUAGCAGCUGAUCUCGGUGGUGCUUUGCUUCGCUUCAGCACCGAGAGAUAUCCCUGGGUGCCUGCGGUUCUCAACCGGGCUGUGGCUUUGCCAAAGAGCAGUUUCCAAGACUUGCCAGAGCUUCUCGCUGACAGCAGAUGCUCCCGAGGCCAGGCGCUUGGGUCAGCGGCGGAGAAAAGCCUCUUGCAAACGGCCAUGGCGCGAAAGUCGCAACGACAAGAGCGCCAGAUGUCUGUGGAGCCGAUCCACUGGCGAAGUUGCUUGGAGAAGCGUCAGUGA